CCCAGGAGCUGGAAGCCAUUAAAGCCAGGGUACGCGAGAUGGAGGAAGAGGCCGAGAAAUUGAAGGAGCUGCAAAAUGAAGUCGAGAAACAGAUGAACAUGAGCCCCCCACCCGGCAACGCUGGCCCGGUCAUCAUGUCUUUGGAAGAAAAGAUGGAAGCCGACGCCAGAUCUAUAUACGUAGGAAAUGUAGAUUAUGGGGCCACUGCAGAAGAAUUGGAAGCCCACUUCCAUGGUUGCGGUUCCGUCAACCGCGUGACGAUCCUGUGCGACAAAUACACAGGCCAUCCGAAGGGGUUCGCCUACAUUGAAUUUUCCGACAAGGAGUCGGUGCGGACUUCGUUAGCGUUAGACGAAUCCCUCUUCAGGGGGAGACAGAUCAAGGUGAUUCCCAAACGGACCAACCGCCCAGGCAUCAGCACCACAGACCGAGGCUUUCCCCGGACCCGGUACCGAGGGCGAGGAUCCGGCUACAGCAGUUCCAGGGCCCGUUUCUACAGUGGCUUCAGCAGUCGUCCGCCCCGAGGGCGUGCAUACAGGUCUGACCCAAAGGGGAAGGUGGGGGAAGUGGGGAACCGAUCCACCCUAGGUCAGACACACGCUCGCAGACGGCCAGGGAACGGAGCUCCUGGAUUAGAGUAGCGAUCCCGGGCUUAAAACCUCUUGGCAUCUCUUUUUAUUGAUCACCUGAAACAGACCAAUGAAAGGGAUCCUGCAAGCCAGAAUACAGCUGGUCCUCGGCUUAUAACAG